AACAGUGGGUGCCAGGGCGUGGUGGCUGCAAUGAGCUUCAGGCUACAGCUCGGUCCACCGCUUGGGUUUCAGGCGGGCCGCCUUAGCGCCGCCCGGCGCCAUGCAGCAGGCCGCGGUGUGAGGCCCCGCAGACGGCGGGACCGCGGGGCAGGCAGGCACGCCCUGCUCCUUCCGGCCAGCAGCCUCACCUCCCAGGCACCCCCUCUGCGUCCAGCGCCACCCGGGGGACCUCAGAUGGACAGUAUGGAAGCCCGCCUGGGUGUCUUUGGCCGCCGGCCCCGCACGGAACUGGAGGACGAGGACUACUACCCGCAGGGUAGCUGGGACAUGGUCUUCCUGGUGGCCCUGCUGCUCCUGGGGCUGCCGGCCAACGCUCUCAUGGCGUGGCUGGCGGGCUCGCAGGCCCGACAGGGAGCGGGCACGAGGCUGGCCCUGCUCCUGCUCAGCCUGGCUCUCUCCGACUUCUUGUUCCUGGCGGCGGCGGUCUUCCAGAUCCUGGAGAUCCAGCACGGAGGGCACUGGCCGCUGGGGACGGCGGCCUGCCGCUUCUACUACUUCCUGUGGGGCGUGUCCUACUCCUCGGGCCUUUUCCUGCUGGCGGCCCUCAGCCUGGACCGGUGCCUGCUGGCCCUGUGCCCGCGCUGGUACCCCGGGCGCCGCCCGGUCCGCCUGCCGCUCUGGGUCUGCGCCGGGGUCUGGGUGCUGGCCACGCUCUUCAGCGUGCCCUGGCUGGUCUUCCCCGAGGCCGUCGUGUGGUGGUACGACCUGGUCAUCUGCCUGGAUUUCUGGGACAGCGAGGAGCUGCCGCUGCGCAUGCUGGAGAUCCUGGGGGGCUUCCUGCCGUUCCUCCUGCUGCUCAUCUGCCACGUGCUCACCCAGGCCGCCUCCUGCAAGACCUGCUGCCGCCGCCAGCCGAGCCCCGCCUGCCGCGGCUUCGCCCGGGUGGCCAAGACCAUUUUGUCGGCCUACGUGGUCCUGCGGCUGCCCUACCAGCUGGCGCAGCUGCUGUACCUGGCCUUCCUGUGGGACGUCUACCCCGGCUACCUGCUCUGGGAGGCGCUGGUCUACUCCGACUACCUGAUCCUCCUCGACAGCUGCCUCAGCCCCUUUCUCUGCCUCCUGGCCAGCGCCGACCUGCGGGCCCUGCUGCGCACGGUGCUGUCCUCCUUCGCGGCAGCCCUCUGCGAGGAGCGGCCGGGCAGCUUCACGCCGGCCGAGCCGCAGACCCCGGCGGACUCCGCUGGGCAGACGGUGGUGCCAGAGCCGGGUGCCGAGGCCAGGCCCCAGGCGAACCCCACCGCCCCGCCACGGAUGGAUUCGGUGGCCCAGCCCCAGGCAAACCCCGCCACGCAGCCACAGGAGAACCCCACGGCCCAGCCACAGGACAACCCCACGGCCCGGCCACGAUUAGAUUCUAUGGCCCAGCCUCAGCUGAACUCCACAGCCCAGCCACAGGAGAACCCCACGGCCCAGCCACAGGCAAACCCCACGGCCCAGCCACAGUCAGAUUCUGUGGCCCAGCCCCAGCUGAACUCGCCCGCCCAGCCACGGGCAGACUGUGAGACCCAGCCUGCUUUGGACCCUGUGGCCCAGCCCCAGGCCAGCCCGGUGGCUCAGACCCCCGGACCUGCCGCCAGCCCGGCCCCCAGCCCCUGCGAUGAAGCUUCCUCCGCCCCAUCCCAGGAUCCCAGCCCAGAGGCCCCCGGGAACCCAGCCGCGCCAGCGGCCUCUGAGGGGGGAAGGCCCAGCAGUGGCCCCCCGGAGGAGGCUCCUGGAGCAGACCCCACGUGAGGGCCCGGGAGAGCCCAGGCCUGCCAGGCGGCCGGAGGGAGGUGGAGGAACCGGCCCGUCAGAGAGGGGGGCGCCGUGGAGGAAGUCAUCACGGAAAACCCCGCCGGGCCCUGGGGCCUGCGGGAGGACUCGGGGGAAGUGAGAACGGAGCGGCCAGAAGUCCCAGACAGUUCGUCGUGAGCGUCGUGUCCCUGUCCGGGUCCCACCAAGCUCCUCCAUCGCUGUCAUGCUUGCCCCCGUCCACCCCCCCCCCCACACACACACGGCGGCCCAACAGCCCCGGACGGUCCCAGCGGAUGGUGUCCGCUGGGCUCUGCCUUCCGAUACCCUCAGGCCCCGUGACGGUUCAGCCUUGCUGGUGCGGGAACAGACAGCAGGGGGACUUCCUUGGGCUCGAUCUGACUCCCUUCCAUCCUCUCCCCCCUCCCCUUCUCCCCACACCACCCAGUGACCCGGGCACGAGGGUGCCAAAGGAGAAAGUCCCUGUGGAGGAGGGGGUCCCUCCGGAGCCAGCAGGAGCCCGCCAGCUGUGGGGCGGGGGCGGGAUGGCAGGAGCAGAACCCCGGGGUCCCAUCCCGCUCCCGGGGCUCUGGACAAGCUGUUUCCCUCUCCAAGGCCCCAUUCCAUCCGCCACCGUGAGCAUUAAAUGAGAAAGUGUGUAAGGCGCCUAGCAAGAGCCUGCGGCACACAGUAGGGA